CAGUUUUUAAUGGAUCAAAAGUUCAAAAUGAUGGCACAACUAUAAAUAAUAUACUCAAAGAGCUGGAUGUCUUUUUCCCAUUUAUAACUACAGAUUAUUCCAUUUUUGUUCUUUUUUUUCAUAGUGGAUGGCCGUGCCAGGUAGAAAAACCCCAGAUUCAAUGUAAAAUUAACAGAAACCUGGAAUUGAAGUAUUCAUAUUGAACAUUAUUCUCAUUUACCUAAAUAAACAACAGAAAACACAUGUUUAAUUCGUGCCUUUCAUCCAUUCAUAAUAGAAAACGUGGGCAAAGGGAUAUUCAGGUAACAUUAGAUUAUUUUUCUGCUUGACAAAAUGUGGUCACACAUCCUAAAUAGAAUAAAUGGAUCGUUGAAAGUGAUCAAACGCAGAUAUAACCAUAGUUUGAAGUAAACUGGACAGAAAUGAGUCGUGUUGCAGUGCAUCCAAAAACAUUUUUGGCUCUUUGUCUGCAGCCUCUCAGUUUGGGACCCCCAUGGUCUCCAGGGGAACGAGACUCUGGUUUAGGCAUGUUGGGAGUUAACCUAGUAGUCUGGGUAGCAUUAAUUAAACUGCAGAGGAAGCAGCUGGGCAACUCUCAGACUUCAAAAUAUCUAAAUCACCCAAAUAUCCAGACGCGGCUGGUUUAUGAGCCAUGGCACCAAUCUCUUCUGCCACAGAGAGAAUCACUAAAAUAAAAAAAAUAAAUACAAAUCUAUGUCAAUUAGCCCGAAGAAGAAAAGAGUCCCUGCCACAGUCCAUUAGGCGACCGGAGCGACGUAACGCAGUUCGGAGAAAAGGGCGUCAGUGCGUAAUGACGCGCCUCUUUUACGCAGCGCUGCCUUCAUGGAUAGAGCAGAGUUUCCCGGACCUCCAGAGCGCAUGUGGACUGUCCUUCUCUUCCCCGUCCCCGAAUCGGCGAGACAUGGUGACCAGGAGCGACAGAGCCGCGGUCUCUGUCGGUCUCUGAGAUGUGAAGAUGUCCAGACUGGGACGCGUGCCGAGGGACGAGGUUUACGCAGAGGACAUGUCCACAGUCGCAAGUCCGACCAGUGCGUCCUCACUGCUGACAUCAGAUCAGCUCACUGUGGUCGCUGCGUCCUUUUCUUCUCUGGUGUUCUUUGUGAUUGUCGUUGUGCUGCUGUCCAUUCUUUACCGCAAGGAUCCUCCGUGCUGCAAACACAGCUCCUAUCAGGAGCAGCACACAGAUAUGGAUGCUCCUCCUCAGUACUACAGCAGCAGACAGACCCUGGUGGGUUCUGCUUAUUUGGAUCAGACUCAGAUCACUGAUCACAGCAACAGCCAGCAGACAGGUGAGCUUUUCUGUGUAGGGCUGCCCUCCAGCUACAGCCUGCCCACACUGGAGAACCCCCUGCCGAGGCUCCCCACCUACGAGAGUGUCCGAAAAAAGGAUCGCCAGAGGCAGAUCCACAUGAUGAUCGCAGACCGUUUUGGCCUGAAUGGACCCAUUGUGACUGAGCCUCCACCGACGUACGAAGAGAGUGUUCGCCAGUCUGUGGAGCUGCCGUACGACAUCCUGUCRCCUGGCCUGGACCUCACCCCUCCUCAGAGUUUCCACACCGGCACAGGACCCAUUGUUCAACCCGACGCCAACACCUCUGACAGCCGCGGCGCAGUUCCACCUGCUGUGUGAGGCGAAGGCCUCAAGCCGGCUGAUGAAUGCGAAGGAAAYUGAACAACCUUUUUCAGGCAAUAAAUCCGUUCAUGUUCUCAACAAAAUCCUGCACAGAUUUUAAUUCAGAUACCUCAAAAACUGAUCGUGAGCCGAGGAGAAACCAAAGAGGAGCCGCAUCCUCUGCACUGAAGAGGACACCGCUGAAUGUUGGGAWAACUUUUCACAAGUGGGACAGAUGAGCUGAACGAAGGUGCCUGGAACAUCGUUAAGAACGCAUGAUGACUGAAUCUUUCCUAAAACAUGAACCACUAUUUACUUUGUCGCCAGCCAUGAAGAGGAUUAGUUUGUUUAUGAUGACGUCUUCUUGUUCUGCUGUUCCUGAGCUGAAGAUCACAUUGUUUUUCUAAAACCUGUUUUUAUUCUGAGAUUUGUUUUUCUUUUACGCUGUGGCACUAUGAGAAUAAAAUUGUGCUAAUAUAUUUUAAUUCAUGAAGGAGAAAUCACCUCACACUACAAUAAUCACAAUAUAUUUUAAUACAAUGCCUCAGUUGAUUGUUUUCCCUCACUGAGUGACUUCUGAUUAUUUAAUGAAAUGUUUUGAAAUAUGAUUUUGUCUUUUUUGAGUCAUCACAGAGCUUAUCAUGUCUUCCUAAUUUUAUGCUUUGUACUGUAUUUAUUAAAGAAAAGCAAUCAUU